UGAUGGGGGUGUACGGGAACUCUCAUAUCCGUGGUAACCUUCAGGAAGAUGAUCCGGCUACAAGUACCUGGAAUUGGGGGAUUGACACUUCAAUGGCAGUGACGGAGUUUCAAUGGCCUCAGCUGGGUGCUCGGUACGGGCUCAGGGCGGCACUGGUGGUGUUGUCUGGGUCACUACUGGUAGCUCUUCUUCCCCUGAGUGGGCUAGAGGGGCACUAUAAGGCGGCUCUGAAGGUCCUGCUGCAGUGUAACCUAUGGGGAGGGAACGAUCGGCUGCACACCUACCCUGGGCACACGACGGGUCUUGCUGUUGCUUCAACUGCAAUCGAACUCAUGGUGUUUAAACCAAAACCGUCUUCAGAUGUCAAGUUUGAAGCCAGAGCUGCUUUGAACCAAGCACUUGAAAUGAAGCGGCAAGACAAGAGGGACAAAGCACACAAGCUACUUCUUCAUGCCCUGAAGAUGGACCCGGACCAUGUGGAUGCCCUUAAUGAGCUUGGUAUUUUUCUGGAGGAAGAGAAGGAUAUCAUCCAGGCAGACUAUCUCUACUCGAAAGCGUUAAUGAUCUCCCCCCACAACGAGAAAGCGUUAGUAAAUCGAGACCGCACCUUGCCUUUAGUUGAAGAAAUAGAUCAGAGGUAUUUUAGCAUCAUUGACAGUAAAGUUAAAAAGGUGAUGUCCAUUCCGAAGGGUAACUCCGCUCUUCGUCGGGUCAUGGAAGAGUCUUACUACCAUCACAUUUACCACACUGUUGCUAUCGAAGGAAACACCCUUUCAUUGUCUGAAAUCCGCCAUAUAAUUGAGACACGAUAUGCUGUGCCUGGUAAAAGCCUCGAGGAGCAAAAUGAAGUUAUUGGAAUGCAUGCCGCCAUGAAAUAUGUCAACACCACUCUGGUAUCUCGCAUAGGAUCCGUGUCAACCAACGAUAUACUGGAAAUACACCGCAGAGUGCUGGGCUAUGUGGACCCCAUCGAAGCUGGCCGAUUCCGUACAAACCAAGUGUUUGUGGGCAACCAUAUUCCACCUCAUCCCAGAGACGUGGACAAGCACAUGCAGGAGUUUGUCCAGUGGCUUAAUUCAGAUGAUGCGAUUAACUUGCAUCCUGUGGAAUUUGCAGCUCUAGCACAUUACAAACUGGUCUAUAUACACCCUUUUGUUGAUGGUAAUGGAAGGACUUCACGUUUGCUUAUGAAUGUGAUUUUGAUGCAGGCAGGUUACCCCCCAAUAACCAUCAGGAAGGAACAGAGGUCUGAAUAUUAUCAUGUUUUGGAAUUUGCUAAUGAAGGUGAUGUGAGGCCUUUUAUUCGAUUUAUUGCCAAGUGCACAGAGUCCACCCUAGACCUUUUCCUAAUAGCUACAGCAGAGCACCCUGUGGGUCUCCCAGAGCCCCAUCCGGACAGUUUUGAGUGCAAACGCACCAUUCCAGUCAAGACUUGAACCCUAUCCAGAACUCUGUGGCCUUUGUUGCCUUAUUUACACACCCUACAUGUUGCUCGUCGCCAGCGACAGCUCAUUAAUUUAUUUGACGUAUUUUGCUGCUAGUUUGAUUUUACAUAUUUCGUGUUCUGCAGGGUAUGUUCAAGCCUAGACGUACAAAGUGGAAAUUGCACAAUUUGCAUGUGUUACAUACAGAUUUUGAUGCUGAGGAAUUCGCCCCUCUACAUUAGCCCAUGUGCAUAAGGCAGGUUUUCCACACCAAAAUCCAUGUAGAAUCUGCUCUCAGUCAACCGCCCAUUGUUUUCAAAGGGAAAUCCAUGCAGUGAUUGUUCCACAGCUUUAAUUUUUAUUUAUAUUCCAUGUCGUGGAAAAAGAGCAACAUAUUCCUGCUGAAAUCAAUGGGAUGGCCAAAAGCUGCAUCAAAGUCUGGAAAGCACACGGCAUUUUGAUGCAAAUUAUGUACCUACAUUUUGUGUGCUAAUACAACCUUGUAAUCAUACUCUUAAAAGGGGUGAAAUCGGCGCUGAUUAUCCAUAUCCAAAAGUCACAUGCCGUGGAUUUUAAAACAGGCCAUCUAGUGCACUGCCUGGUAGCUGUGGUCUAUUUCACCUGCGCAAAUCCAUGGUAAAAUCAGCAGCAAUGUGGACUCCUCAGACACUGCACAGUCUCCCAGGUUUUAAAGGGCCAUCACAUGCAUUGUCUAUUUGAUCGCACGUCUAUUGUACUGUACUCACAUGAUGUGAGUACAGUAAUAUAGACCCAAGGUUGGGAUAGGAACUGACUGUAAUUACUAUGAUGCACUCAGUCGAUACACAGACCAUGCAUAGUCGUGUAAAAGUCCUUAGUCUACACUUAUAUUUAUAAAGUGGAUCUGUCCUUAUACUAUGCUGUAUUUAAAGGGGGUAUCCAGGUUUUUAAAAUUGAUAGUUCACAUUGCUCCCCAGUACUAUGGGUGGCAGAUAUGCUGGGUAUUGCAAGUGACAGGGUCAAAGCUACACUACCCAGCACAUUCACUACUAAAAGAACUGCAUGCAGGUUUAUGGCGCAAAGUACAAAUAGCUCAUCAGCAGGGGUGUCGGGAGUCCGACUUGCACCCAACUAAUAUUGAUGACCAAUCCUAAGGAUAGGCCAUCAGUUUUAAAAACCUGGAGGGCAAUGUAUUACAAAAAUCCCCAGCAGAACAUUUCUGGGAGCAUUGAUUACACAACUCCAAGGAUUCAGCCACAAGGUAUUUUACGCUGUUACAUGAUACUGGGCUUGUGGAUACUUUCAGAAAGUGUAGUUACUUCCGAUUGUAUUAAAGUGGUUGUCCGCUUUUGUAAUAUCAGUAGUGUGGAUCAAAGCGAGCUUCAGAUGUUUCAUCCGAAGUCCUUCGUUCAAAAUUUUGGAAUAAUACUGUGUGGAGAUCAGUCUUCAUACAGUAUUAAAAUGUAUGGGCUCAGAUGACCCGAAGUUAGUCAUUCACAAAGUCGCACGUGACUUUGCUGAAUAAAUUGGGUAGUAGAAAACCACUUUAAAACUUGAAACCGAACUUGGCUUCAUUCCGAGGUACUCAUCAGAGCCCGUACAUUCUAAUACCGUGCGGAGACAAAUCUCUGUACAGAAAUAGUUUUGAACAAAGGGACUUUUGAUGAAGCAUCCAAAGCUUGCUUCGCUCAACACUAGUCAGCAAUAUUAGAUCAGUUAGGCUCCAACACCCUGGACCCCCGCAUGGAGCUGUUUUUUGCAGCGCUUACAUGAGCACUGCCUUAUCUUUUUGCUUGCUGGCCAUCGACAUUGCAGUGGUGAGGAGAUUUAAUUACAACUCCACCAUCUCAUUGAAGUGAAUGGGGACAGCAGAGUUGCAAUUACACCUCAUCACCGCUGUGAUGUAGAUGGCCAGCAAGUAAACAGAGAACACAGCGCUCAUACGAGCACUGCAUUCUCUUCAAACAGCUAUAUGGAGUGGAGACACUUGUCAUUAAUGAAGCAGCAUGGCGUGUGACAUGAAAUAUUGUGAAUGUGGUUGUAACUUGUGACUGAAACUCGCUUCUCUUCCUUUUUAAUGGGUCUGCUUUCUAAAGCGCACACGUGUAGCCCUAUCCUAAUUUCUAUCCAUAAUUUUAGUGGGUGUAACUAACAGUGCAACCUUUUAAUGGGAUGAAAAUAAAAGGUACUAACCCUUUAACAUCUUUACGCAGGUUUCACAACACUAAGAUGGUUUUAUUUGUUCAGUUAGAAAUCAGUUGAUGCAAUGUUUUAGGAAUACCUAAAAUAUGACACAGAUUUCAACGUGGGUGAUAUCUGUGGUGGAAAUCUGCUGUUUGUAGAGGAGGGUUUCUUAAAAUCUCAUCCGCUCUGCUGCUACUAUAAGGCCUCCUGCACACGACCGUAUUGUUAUGCUCUCCGUUUUAAACAGAUCCAUUUUCCUGUUUCAGUUCCGUUUAUUGUAUGUUUCCGUUUGGAUCCCAAAUGGAAACAUACAAUAAUGUUUAAACAGUAAGUACAUAAAAAAAAAUUGGGCUGGGCAUAACAUUUUCAAUAGAUGGAUCAGCAAAAACAACAGAUACGGAAGAUACAGAUGCAUUAUGUUUUUUUUCGGAACCAUUGACUUGAAUGGAGCCAAGGAACGUGACUUGCGGGCAAUAAUAGAACAUGUUCUGUUUUUGAGCGGUACGGAAGGCAUAUCAUGUCCGUAUUUCUGUUACGCAAAAAAAAUAGAACAUGUCCUAUUAUUACAUACUGUUCUAUUAAGGGCCAGCUGUUCCAUUCCGCAAAAUAUGGAAUGCAGACGGAUGUCUUCCGUAUUU